AUGGGGAGGUCUUGCUCUCACUGGUGGCAUGCACCAGUCUACUUCACCAUCUCCAUAGCCCUAGCUUUCAUAGCAAUCUCCACACCUCUGCAUUCCAAUCUCAAGAAUGCAGCAUCUCCGCCACCCUCUAAUUCCAUCACCCACCACCUCUUAUCCAAUGCCUCCCGAGCUCUCCGGCGAUCAGGCUUCACCGUCAUCGCCACUCUUCUUCAGGUCUCCCCUGAACUAUUCCUUUCUUCUCAUGAAUAUUUCACCAUCUUUGCCAUCAAAGACUCCGCCAUCUCCAACUUCUCCCUCCCUCCAUGGCUCAUGAAACACCUCUUUCACUACCAUACCUCUCCUUCCAAGCUCUCUAUGCACGACCUCUUGGAGAAACCCUCAGGAAGCUGCCUCUCGACGCUUCUGCAACACAAGAAACUCUCAAUCACCAAGACUGAUGCGACCCAGAGGUCGGUGGAGAUCAACCAUGUCUUGGUGUCUCAUCCUGAUGUCUUUCUUGGAGGACCUAUCUCAGUUCAUGGCGUUCUUGGGCCAUUCUCUCCAUUGAAUCCCCAAGAUUUCCAAGAAUCUCAAUGGGGUUCUAUCCAAACACCCAUCUGUGGUUCCAACUCCAGCGUUGUGGAGUCCAGGAACUUGGUGGAGUGGCCUAAGAUCAUCAGAAUGCUGAGCUCAAACGGCUUCGUCUCUUUCGCAGUUGGACUACACACUGUUCUUGGUGGGGUUGCUCAAGAUUUCACAAGCUUGAGCUCUGUCACCAUCUUUGCCCCUCCAGACUUGGCUCUGUCAGCUUCUCCUUCGCCAUUGCUGGACAGAAUUGUGAGGUUUCACAUACUUCCUCGGAGGCUUUCGUACAUCGAACUCGCUUCAUUGCCCCAGAAAGCAAAGAUUGGAACUCUUCUCCCUGAUCGUGAUCUUGAGGUUACUGGAAGAGUGAAGAACUCUUCUCAAGUGUUGGUCAUCAAUGGAGUAGACAUAGUGGCACCUGAUGUUUUCUCAUCCAAGAAGUUCAUCAUCCAUGUAAUUUCUCGAGCUUUCAAGCUAGCUGAGCUUCCCAAUGCCUUCUGAUUUAGUACGUAUAGGUGCUGGUAAUGGCGAUUUCUGAUUUCCAUCCAGUUCAAUUCAUCUUUUAUAGUUUUAAAUUCAAAGAAAAAUUGGUUCUACAGUUCCCUAAUGAG